AUGCAUGGAUGCAUAGAUAGAUGGAUAUCUAUCUAUCUAUCUGUCUAUCUAUCUAUCUAUCUAUCUAUCUAUCUAUCUAUCUAUCUAGUGCAUGUUGAUCUAGCUGAAAGCCUCAAUUUUUUUUCUUUUUACGUCUCUUUCUUUCACUUUUCUAAUGUUUUGAUCACUUUCUUUCUUUUUACGAAUUGUUAUUUUCUAUCUAUCUAUCUAUCUAUCUAUCUAUCUAUCUAUCUAUCUAUCUAUCUAUCUAUCUAUCUUUCAUUCUUUCUUUCUUUCCCAUGUGUUGGGUUGUUGUUCGACUCGUCGAUAUCUAUCUAUCUAUCUAUCUAUCUAUCUAUCUAUCUAUCUAUCUAUCUAUCUGUAUUUCUUUGCUUUUCUCAUUGCUUAUUUGGUUUUUGUCAUUUGCCAAUCACUAACCGUUGGCUUUUUACUGUCUUUCUCUUUCUUACGUUGAAAUGGAUUUCUUUUUUGCGACGAUCUUUAUUUCGAUCUAUCUAUCUAUCUAUCUAUCUAUCUAUCUAUCUAUCUAUCUAUCUAUCUAUCUUGAUACAUUUCACUGACAUACACGUGGGUGACAUCUAUAAACAUACAUUUCCUACAUAUCCUUUAUUUUAUUUUAUUUUGUCGGAUUCAUAUCCAUAUCUUAUCUGCAUUUCAUAUCUAUCUCAUUUUGUUCAUUAUCUAUCUAUCUAUCUAUCUAUCUAUCUAUCUAUCUAUCUAUCUAUCUAUCUAUCUAUCUUAUUCUGUUUAUUCCACUGGAUACCAUUAGCCCAAAAAUUCAGUAUCUAUCUAUCUAUCUAUCUAUCUAUCUAUCUAUCUAUCUAUCUAUCUAAGCAAAUUCAUAUCUGUUUCAAUAUAUAUUUGCAUUUUCGUACAUAUUUACGACCUUUUAGUUUUGUAUGCAUUUAUACGUGUAUAUCUAUCUAUCUAUCUAUCUAUCUAUCUAUCUAUCUAUCUACUUACCUUUCUACCUGUUGUUUUAAUUACGAUUCAUUUAUUUAUUUAUUUAUCUAUCUAUCUAUCUAUCUAUCUAUCUAUCUAUCUAUCUAUCUAUCUAUCUGUUAA